CCCACCACGCUCCUCCUGUCUCCUGACGCACGCCGGGAAAGGCGGCGCGAGCUCGGGCGGAGGGGCGGCCGGGGCUGAGGCGAGCGCGAAGCGAGCUCGCGCAGUCCUCGUUCGCGUCCGGAGGGGCGGGCGCCGAGCUCCGUGAGGCGGCGCUGCCGCCGCCGCCGCCGCCGAGGACAGAGGCGAGGCGAGGCCGCCGAGCAGGGGGGAGCGGAGGCCGGAGCGACGACGGCGGCGGCGGGUCCUGAAUGGGGGCGCCCGGGGCCGGCGGCUGAUCCCGCCCCUCCCGCCUCCCCCCCGCGCCCCGCCCGCGCCUGAGGGGAGCGAUGUCGAACGCAGGGACGCGGAGGACCGGCUCGAGUAUCAAAGUCCGCCUCACGGACAGAAAGGUGUACAACCCAGCUGUGACUUUGACAGUGCUUUGUGCCAAGAACCUUGCAAAAAAAGAUUUUUUCAGGCUUCCUGACCCAUUUGCAAAGGUCGUGGUGGAUGGGUCCGGCCAGUGCCACUCCACUGACACUGUGAAGAACACAUUAGAUCCCAAGUGGAACCAGCACUAUGAUCUAUAUGUUGGGAAGUCAGAUUCUAUCACCAUCAGUGUUUGGAACCACAAGAAAAUUCACAAAAAACAGGGAGCUGGCUUCCUGGGAUGUGUCCGACUUCUUUCCAACGCCAUCAGCAGGCUAAAAGAUACCGGAUACCAGCGUUUGGAUCUAUGCAAACUAAACCCCACAGAUACUGAUGCAGUACGAGGCCAGAUAGUGGUUAGCUUACAGACACGGGACAGGAUAGGUACAGGGGGGACUGUUGUCGACUGCAGGGGGCUGUUGGAGAAUGAAGGAACGGUUUAUGAAGACUCAGGACCUGGAAGGCCGCUGAGCUGUUACAUGGAGGAGCCGGCCCCAUACAGUGACAGCACAGGUGCCGCUGGAGGAGGGAACUGUAGAUUUGUAGAAUCCCCUAGCCAAGACCAGGCCUUGCAGGGGCAGCGCUUGCGGACUCCUGAUGUGAGAGGCCACGUACAGACGCCCCAGAACAGGCCGCAUGGGCAUCAGUCGCCAUCACCAGACCUGCCUGAAGGCUAUGAACAAAGGACCACAGUACAGGGGCAAGUUUACUUUUUACAUACACAAACUGGCGUUAGCACAUGGCACGACCCCAGGAUACCAAGAGACCUUAACAGUGUGAAUUGUGAUGAACUUGGACCUCUACCACCAGGUUGGGAAGUUAGAAGUACAGUGUCGGGAAGAAUAUAUUUUGUAGAUCAUAACAACAGAACCACACAGUUUACAGACCCGAGACUGCAUCACAUCAUGAAUCACCAAUGCCAACUAAAAGAACCCAACCAGCCUUUGCCUGUGCCGAGUGAGGGCUCCUUAGAAGACAGUGAGGAGUUGCCUGCCCAGAGGUACGAGCGUGAUUUGGUGCAGAAGCUGAAGAUCCUUCGGCACGAACUCUCUCUCCAGCAGCCCCAAGCUGGGCACUGCCGCAUCGAAGUAUCAAGGGAGGAGAUAUUUGAGGAAUCUUACCGUCAGAUAAUGAAGAUGAGGCCAAAAGACCUGAAAAAAAGGCUGAUGGUGAAGUUCCGAGGAGAAGAGGGCUUGGAUUAUGGUGGAGUGGCAAGGGAGUGGCUGUACCUUCUGUGCCAUGAGAUGUUAAACCCCUAUUAUGGACUCUUCCAGUACUCCACGGAUAACAUUUAUAUGCUGCAAAUCAAUCCAGACUCCUCUAUCAAUCCUUUGACAUCAAAUACUCAGGUGAAGGAUCAUCUUUCUUACUUCCACUUUGUUGGUCGGAUAAUGGGUCUGGCUGUGUUUCAUGGGCACUACAUCAACGGGGGUUUCACAGUUCCUUUCUACAAGCAGCUGCUGGGCAAGCCCAUCCAAUUAUCCGAUUUGGAGUCAGUUGACCCAGAACUACACAAGAGUUUAGUUUGGAUUUUGGAAAAUGAUAUCACCCCAGUUCUGGACCAUACCUUCUGCGUGGAACACAAUGCUUUUGGCAGGAUCCUACAGCACGAGCUUAAACCAAAUGGCCGAAAUGUUUCCGUUACAGAGGAGAACAAGAAAGAAUAUGUCAGGUUGUAUGUUAACUGGCGGUUCAUGAGAGGAAUUGAGGCCCAGUUCCUGGCUCUUCAGAAAGGUUUUAACGAGCUGAUUCCUCAACACCUACUGAAGCCUUUUGAUCAGAAGGAGCUGGAGCUCAUCAUAGGAGGCCUGGACAAGAUCGACUUGAACGACUGGAAGUCCAACACCCGGCUCAAGCACUGCAUGGCAGACAGCAAUAUUGUCAAGUGGUUCUGGCAGGCGGUGGAAGCCUUUGACGAGGAGAGGAGGGCCAGGCUGCUGCAGUUCGUGACAGGCUCCACAAGGGUGCCGCUUCAGGGCUUCAAGGCGUUGCAAGGUUCUACAGGCGCGGCAGGCCCCCGGCUCUUCACCAUCCAUUUGAUCGAUGCAAAUACGGACAACCUUCCCAAAGCUCAUACGUGCUUUAACCGAAUUGACAUUCCACCUUAUGAGUCCUACGAGAAGCUUUAUGAAAAGCUGCUGACAGCUGUGGAAGAGACCUGUGGGUUUGCAGUGGAGUGAAUGGGCAACCAAAGGAAACAGACACGAGCUCAUGGACCACCAACUCAAAAGCUGUUAGAAGACGCUUGCGGUGAACCUCUCUUGUCUGACGCCUUGGGACGCUCGGCAACGGGGAGAUCUGAGGCGGCUUCCCCUCCUGUGGUGGUGCUGGGGGGGCUCUUGUGGGUGGUUCCCAACCAGACCUUUCUCCUUUUUGUUACGACAUCUCCUUCCCCCGCUCCCUGCAUCCCCCACAAAGCAAAGGGCAACCAGGCUCAGCGUUUGGUUUUGGUUACCCGAGAUAUUCUGCUAGACUCGUAACACAUAUUGUGAUAAGGUCAAUGACCUGUGGUCUUUUUUUAUAGGAGUAUCAAACUGUAGUUGAGUAUCUUGAGAUUGGUUUGCUGAGGACUUUCCACUGGUAGAUGUACCUGGAUGUUUUGUCUUAACGCGGUCCUGAGCCCUUGUAGAAGCAAUGGAAAUGGAAUGGCCCUGGGGACGCCGGCUGGCACAUUCCAGAACACCUGUUAAAGAACGGUUAGGCAGAAACCACUCCUCCAUAGGCAGACACCAUUGAGGGUUAUUUCUUGAAGCUCUGUGUGCAAGUGUGGUGACUGGAGGGCAGAAACAACCCUGAGGAAUCCAAGCCAUCUUAAACUGGGAGGUAGGUUUUCAGUUGGGAUGGCUUGUACUGGAGAUGGGUCUGCUCUGUUGUGGACUCGCUUCCUUUCUGUCUCUAACAACUGAAAUGUAUUUGAGGGUCUGGCAUGGGGGCCUGGGCCACAUUGAUCAGCAGUCUGCAAGGUUUUCUUCUGACAACAUGUUCUCAGAUGUUUUCUUUGAUUUGGAGGAGUCCCUUUAAGAGGAAAUAGCUAAAAGCAAAGCUCACGGAACAAAGUUCCAUCACUGAGCCAUCAAGGCUGGAGAGCGGCACUAUUAAAAGGAGGCUAUAAGUGAAUCAAGGGUGUUGCCUAAUGGUUUUCACCUACGGAGGUUUUCACCUACCCAGAGCGCCUGCUUUUAGCUCCUUUUUUCAUUUUUGUGUGUCUGAAGCUAAAUUCCAAGUUGGGAUUAAGUCGUUUGCUUAACGUGGCUUCCGAAAGUGAGGAGAAUCAAAACAGUCAUUUUGCCUAAGUCAGGAAUAACUUUUUAAAUAUUUGCACAAGAAAUGGCAGUAUUUUUAACAUAGUAUUCUUGUUAAAAAGGCCCACUAAUUAUCUAAUGUGUCUUAGGCAAACUUGCAUUCAUAAGAUCUUUUUCUUUUCUUUUUAAAGUUCCAUCUUAACAUGUUGCAUUGGACAAGAGCUGCAUUGGAAUUCAGUGGUGGGUCAGAUUGUUCUUUGGUCUACAAGGAUAUUUCUAUUGUCAGUUUCUUAAACAAAAAGAUUGGAUUUGAAUAAUAGCUUUAAACUGUGAUAGGACAAACUAAAGGUAGAUCUUGUCAGACUCUUGAAAUCUUUCCUGUUUGUUCAAUGGACUGUAACUUUUGUGAUUUGGUGUUGGGGGAAUAUGAGAACUAUAUUUGAGAGAGGAAAUCUUAUCGUUUUGUGAUAUUUGCACCAUGUAGCUAAAGUGCUGGAUUUGAUUGGUAAGUUAAGACCCAGGUGGGGGAGGGCUUUGGAAAUCCAGCCACACUUAAGGGACCAGUAAACUGCGUUGUGAGUUAUUUGGGGGAGGGAGAUUGAGGGAUUUGGGAUUCAACACUUUUGUUUUGCAUCUUUGCCAUUUUUUGGAUGAUAGCCGUCUAGUGACCCUGAAUUUCUGAAUGCUUGUGGAGAUCAGGUGCUGUCCAUCAAACGCAAUUAGUUGUCAGUGGAGUUUUGAAUGUGCAAGAUACGCUAUAGAGAUGCACACCCCACCAGGAAAAAAAGCUUGUCUGGACUAUUCCAUGCAGACUUGAGGCCCAGGAGGCAAGAAAUUCCUCCCGAAGCUCAGAGCUGGCUUUGCGCAGUGCAGAGGACAGACAGGCACAAGGACAAGGAGCACCACGCCUCGCAUAUCUAGGGGCCAGUCCUUGCGUUGCUCUUGUGCUGUGGCUCCAGCUUCUGUCUGGAUGGGUCCCCUCCUGCAUCAGUCACACUGGAAAGGGAGGCAUGUGAAAGAAGAGGCAUGUGACAUGACCGGGGCCUUUUUGAAGGCACUGCCGUGCUCUAAAGCAUUGGGUCAUUUUCCAGGCUGUGUGGUGCAGAUGCUUCCUCCGUGACAGCAGUGAGGGAGAAGAGGGACCUGUCUUUCCAAAACUACCUUCACACUUCUCAUUAUUGUGUCCAGAAGGUUUUUGUGCCACUGUUGUCUCCACUAUGGGCCCAAAUGGCCCCCUCUGCUCCAGUUCUGUUGAGGCCGGGCCAGCUGUGGAAGCGAGCUCAGCCAAAGGGCCGCCGCUGCUGGUUUUCCAGGGUGUCGGGGCUGCAGCCAGCCCUCUUCUGCCCGAGUGGGAAAUGCCGCAGCAAGGGAAGAGGACGAGAAGACAGCUUUCUAGAGGCAUGCCAAGGUUGAACACCCCAAGGGUUUAUAUCUUUUCCAAGGGUGCAUUAACAGAUGAAUACCAGCUGGAGUAGCCAAAGCAAGUACAUCGACUUCAGACAGGCUGAUGUGGGAAGGAACAAGAAGCGUGACGCACUUGCACUUCCUGUUCCUCUGCAGCUGUCUCGCCUGCAGUUCAACAGGUUGCAUCGCUCCCACCCAGGAGAAGAAAAAAGUGCUUUUUUUGGCCAGGACAGAAAUGGAGAAGAAAAGGAAGGUGGUGUGUGUGUGUGCGCGCGCUUCUGUUUGCUUUGCCAGUUUAAGGGAGGCUUCAGAUGUCAUCCCAAGGUGGUUCUUGGUACCUCUUAACAAGAGCAAAGCUAGCAACUGGUCCAGUGGUACAGACCUCCUUUGUUAACGUGCCCUGAAAUGCAUCCUCCUGCAUUUACGCACUCAGGAAUAUAGGAAAUCGCCACUCUUAUUUUGUGUUGUGCAUUUGGAAGGCAGGAGCAGCUCUGCAGGGCAAACCCAGACAGCUCGUUGGAGCAGCUCUUGUUUCCAAAGAGGUAGCUUGCUUGGCGUUGGGUGUGGCCUUCCCACCCCCGUGCACACACCCAGGGUAUGGCUCAUGACAUCUCAACCCUUGAUUCAACCGAUCCCUCCCUCAACUUUUCCGAGCCAGGACCCAGAUUCUACACUGUAGAGCACAGGAGGUUUUCCAGAAAUGCAGUAUGUGUGUGUUUUUACUCGGUUAAUUUUUUUUUCUCUCAACCACUUUAUAAUGUAUUUUUAACUUAUUAUUUUGUAAUGUCUUGGUGGUUUUUUGUUUUUUUAAGUAUUGCUGCUACCCUUGUUACUCUUCUCACCAUUUUUAUUGCAGACCUUAUGUUGUGGAAAAAAGCUGUACACUAAUGUUUUUCAUUUUAUGUCUAAAUCAAAGUAUUUAAAGAAAUACUAGUUCUAUUUAACGUGGUUAUGGCGCCAGCUGGAAUAAACGGUAAUUGUACAGUAGGCUGGACCCAGAAGGUCAUGUUCAUUUUUGUUACAUACGCAAUAAACUCUCACAACUUUAA